AUGACGAGUUUGCAGGAUGAGGACGGGGCGGGGGUUGCCUUGCCGGCCCCCCGCCCCUCAACGGAGCUGGACUUCUUGGACGAGCCUUCCACUGGAGACAGGUCCGGAUCCCCAGCCGGGAUUCGAGAGAGAGUCAUGACGGGCAUGCAAGAGAUUCAGUACUGGGACUUCUGGAUGAUCCCAUUGAGAAUCCGACUCUUGUCGAGUCGAGACGUGAGCUUCUGGACGACCCCAUUGAGGGCCCGACCGCUGCCAGGUCGGGCGGACGCGGAUUUGAGGUGUCAGUGCAUGAGGAGUUGGCCAGGGGAUCUAUGUCGAAUCCCACUGGCAGAGCUGUGGGUCAUGUGGAUGGAGGCCACGUGGACGACGGUGUGGGAUGACCGAGAUCCCCUGGGGGAGGUGCCUCUUCACAGAUGGCAGCCAUUACGGACGAGGGCCACCUGGACGAUAGUUUUCACCGAGUUGGAGCGGCUUUCCAGUGACUGGAUCUACUGGCGGAGGGAUCAUGUCGAGACCUCGCUGGGGGAAGCGCGGGAGAUUUUGGAUGGCUCUCAGGACGGUGAUGCAGGAGACCAGUCCAUGGCGACUGGGCCCACUGACCUGGAGAUCUUCGGCAGGCCGCCCUUCGGACUUGACGAGGCUCCGUCAUGA